CAUGCGCAAUGCGUAAGGCCGGCUCUCGGCGCAAGAAGGAAGCGUUCGUAGUGAUCCCGGCCGCCGCGCUGGGGUAUGCGGUACCGGCUAGCGUGGCUGCUGCACUCUACGCUGCCCAGCACCUUCCACUCGGUCUUCAGUGCGCGCCUGCCGCUUCAGGAGCGCAUCUCUGGUUUCCAAAAAAAGACUUACAGCAAAAUGAAUAAUUCAUCUAUCAAGAGAAUAGGAAAUCACAUUAUUAAAUCUCCUGAAGACAAGAGAGAAUACCGUGGACUAGAGCUGGCUAAUGGCAUCAAAGUACUUCUCAUCAGUGACCCUACAACGGAUAAGUCAUCAGCAGCACUUGAUGUACACAUAGGUUCAUUGUCAGAUCCUACAGAUAUUCCUGGCUUAAGUCAUUUUUGUGAACAUAUGUUGUUUUUGGGAACAAAGAAAUACCCGAAAGAAAAUGAAUAUAGCCAGUUUCUUAGUGAGCAUGCAGGAAGUUCAAAUGCCUUUACUAGUGGAGAGCAUACCAAUUACUAUUUUGAUGUUUCCCAUGAACACCUAGAAGGUGCCCUAGACAGGUUUGCACAAUUUUUCCUGUGCCCCUUGUUUGAUGCGAGUUGUAAAGACAGAGAGGUGAAUGCAGUUGAUUCAGAACAUGAGAAGAAUGUGAUGAAUGAUGCCUGGAGACUCUUUCAGUUGGAAAAAGCUACAGGGAAUCCCAAACACCCCUUCAGCAAAUUUGGGACAGGUAACAAAUACACUCUAGAGACUAGACCAAACCAAGAAGGCAUUGAUGUAAGACAGGAGCUACUGAAAUUCCAUUCUACUUAUUAUUCAUCCAACUUAAUGGCUAUCUGUGUUUUGGGUCGAGAAUCCUUAGAUGACUUGAUGAAUCUGGUGGUAAAGUUAUUUUCUGAAGUAGAGAACAAAAACGUCCCAUUGCCAGAAUUUCCUGAACACCCUUUCCAAGAAGAGCAUCUUAGACAACUUUACAAAAUAGUACCCAUUAAGGAUAUUAGAAAUCUUUAUGUGACAUUUCCUAUACCUGACCUUCAGAAAUACUACAAAUCUAAUCCUGGCCAUUAUCUGGGUCAUCUCAUUGGGCACGAAGGUCCUGGGAGUCUGUUAUCAGAACUUAAAUCAAAGGGCUGGGUAAAUACUCUUGUUGGUGGGCAGAAGGAAGGAGCCCGAGGCUUUAUGUUUUUUAUCAUUAAUGUGGACUUGACUGAGGAAGGAUUAUUACAUGUUGAAGAUAUAAUUUUGCACAUGUUUCAAUACAUUCAGAAGUUACGUGCAGAAGGACCUCAAGAAUGGGUUUUCCAAGAGUGCAAGGACUUGAAUGCAGUUGCUUUUAGGUUUAAAGAUAAAGAGAGGCCACGGGGCUAUACGUCUAAGAUUGCGGGAAUAUUGCAUUAUUAUCCCCUAGAAGAAGUGCUCACAGCUGAAUAUUUGCUGGAAGAAUUUAGACCUGAUUUAAUAGAGAUGGUUCUCGAUAAACUCACACCAGAAAAUGUCCGGGUUGCAAUAGUUUCCAAAUCUUUUGAAGGAAAAACUGAUCGCACAGAAGAGUGGUAUGGAACCCAGUAUAAACAAGAAGCUAUAUCAGAUGAAGUCAUUAAGAAAUGGCAAAAUGCUGACCUGAAUGGAAAAUUUAAACUUCCUACAAAGAAUGAAUUUAUUCCUACGAAUUUUGAGAUUUUAUCAUUAGAAAAAGAGGCGACACCAUACCCUGCUCUUAUUAAGGAUACAGCUAUGAGCAAACUCUGGUUCAAACAAGAUGAUAAGUUUUUCUUGCCAAAGGCUUGUCUCAACUUUGAAUUUUUCAGUCGCUACAUUUAUGCUGAUCCUCUCCAUUGCAACAUGACUUACCUGUUUAUCAGGUUAUUGAAGGCUGAUUUAAAAGAGUAUACAUAUGCAGCACGCCUCUCAGGUCUGAGCUAUGGCAUUGCAUCAGGAAUGAAUGCAAUACUUCUCUCAGUGAAAGGUUACAAUGACAAGCAGCCAAUUUUACUAAAGAAGAUUAUUGAGAAAAUGGCUACCUUUGAGAUUGAUGAGAAAAGAUUUGAAAUUAUCAAAGAGGCAUAUAUGCGAUCUCUUAACAAUUUCCGGGCUGAACAGCCUCACCAGCAUGCCAUGUACUACCUCCGCUUGCUGAUGACAGAAGUGGCCUGGACUAAAGAUGAGUUAAAAGAAGCCCUGGAUGAUGUCACCCUCCCUCGCCUUAAAGCCUUUAUACCUCAGCUCCUGUCACGGCUACACAUCGAAGCCCUUCUCCAUGGAAACAUAACAAAGCAGGCUGCAUUAGGAAUUAUGCAGAUGGUUGAAGACACCCUUAUUGAACACGCUCAUACCAAACCUCUUCUUCCAAGUCAAUUGGUUCGGUAUAGAGAAGUUCAGCUCCCUGACAGAGGAUGGUUUGUUUAUCAGCAGAGAAACGAAGUUCACAAUAACUGUGGCAUCGAAAUAUACUACCAAACAGACAUGCAGAGCACCUCAGAGAACAUGUUUCUGGAGCUCUUCUGUCAGAUCAUCUCAGAGCCUUGCUUCAACACACUGCGCACCAAGGAGCAGCUAGGCUAUAUCGUCUUCAGCGGGCCACGUCGAGCCAAUGGCAUACAGGGCUUGCGAUUCAUCAUUCAGUCAGAAAAGCCACCUCACUACCUAGAAAGCAGAGUAGAGGCUUUCUUAAUUACUAUGGAAAAGUCCAUAGAGGACAUGACAGAAGAGGCUUUCCAAAAACACAUCCAAGCAUUAGCAAUUCGUCGCCUAGACAAACCAAAGAAACUUUCUGCAGAGUGUGCUAAAUAUUGGGGAGAAAUCAUCUCUCAGCAAUACAACUUUGACAGAGAUAAUACAGAAGUUGCAUAUUUAAAAACACUUACCAAGGAAGAUAUCAUCAAAUUCUACAAGGAAAUGUUGGCAGUAGAUGCCCCAAGGAGACAUAAGGUAUCUGUCCAUGUUCUUGCCAGGGAAAUGGAUUCUUGUCCUGUUGUUGGAGAGUUCCCAUGUCAAAAUGAUGUAAAUUUGUCACAAGCACCAGCCUUGCCACAACCUGAAGUGAUUCAGAACAUGACUGAGUUCAAACGUGGUUUGCCACUGUUUCCCCUUGUGAAACCACACAUCAACUUCAUGGCUGCAAAACUCUGAAGAUUGCCCAUGGGUGGGAAAGUGCAAGUGGAUGCAUUCCUAAGUCUUCCAGGGGCUAGGAAAACAAUCUUGGCCACUUCAGUCGCUUCUGGUUCAUCAUUAGAGAAACAGAAAAAAAAGAAGUUGACAAAUGUCUUAUGUAGAAAUAUUAAAAAUCCAAAGUAAUUAAAUUACAAAAUCUUAUAGAUGUAGAAUAUUUUUAAAAUACAUGCCUCUUAAAUAUUUUUAAAUUUUUGUUUUCAUUACUAAGAGAAAUUUCCCAUAUAUAACAAUGCUUAAAAUGGUGAAUGUUAUUCCUGUAGAAUCUUUCUUCCCCAUUCUUUAAAAUAGUCACUUGUCAGGAGAAAAACAAGUGACUUUUUUUCUAAAAGCCUCCUAGGUUGACAGAGAAGGUUUCAAAACAUUUCAAAAGGUAAUACCUUUUAAAAAAUUGAUCCUCAGAUUUGCUUUCUAUUUGAUGAUUUCAUGAAAAUCAAUGGAGAACAUUACAUUUGGCAGAUAAUGAACAAAGCAAUAUAAUUUUCUUUUAUUAGUGAAAUUGUUGAUUAUAUAAGGCAUGGUUUUAAUCUUUUUGUAAAACUUGAACAUGUUUUAUAUUCAAACUAGUAAAAUGCUGGAAAACCCUAGAAAAUCCCACUUAUUUACAGUUGCAAAAUUUACAUCAGUUUUGUCCCAAACUAAUUUUCUCAGGAUUACUGUGCUUUGUUUCUUUCUGAUUUAAUUACAUUUACAUUAUUGUUCAUAGUUGGUUUGCAGUGUUCCAUCAGUCUUAAUUUUUCCCAUCAAUAUGUAGCUAUAUUUAUUUAACAAAUACAAGUAGGGUCAACUUCAGAUCCUGCUGAGUGUGACAUGCUUUUCCAGCUUCAGCUGUUGUAAACACCUGUAACUUUUCACUACCUUGAAAAUGAAGUCAUUUUGCAAACCAAAAUAUUUUGCUCCAUUAUGAAAUUAAAAGGUAACAAUUCAAAGCCACCUUUUUGGAAGUAUAAAAAAUAAUGACUUGGAUUCUUAAAUAGCAUGGUUUUCCUAAGACUCUAAAAUCCCUUGUUGCUACCAGUCUAAUCUUGCCUUAAGUGUUGUUAUUUUUUUAAUAUAUAAAUAUAAACAUACAAAACACAAAGAAUACUAGAGUAGACUUUUAAAAAUAUUUUUUUCAUGAGAUACUAUUUCAGGUUAAAUUCUUACUGUAGAUUCAACAGCUAUUUUAAAAUAUUUAUUGUUAUUAAAACUUGCUUCAAGAGAAAUUGUAACUGCACUUCCAAAUACAGACACUGUAUUUGGCACAAAUACAGUUAACAGUGAGAGGCCCUGUUAUCCACUAACUUAGGCAAAGUAAAGAAUAGUAUUUUCAAAUGACAUUGUACCUCCAUCUCAGUUGAUUUGCCUGGACUUUUUUCUGUAAACAUCUUUUUACAUCUUAAGUUUUUAUAUUUGCCGUUUUCCAAAUAAUCUAAAUUCAGGGCAAGAAUGAUAUAGUCACAACUGUGGAGGCUGCUUUUGAAAACAGGGCUCCAUUUCUACUGUCAGAUAAACGUGGUGCUGUAACCGUCUUUUUAUCCCUACAUUCAAAAACUUCCUUGUAUGAAGCCUGUCUUUGUCCAUCAGAAGGUGUACGAGUCAUCACUUCCUUCUGGUUUUAUGCAUUUGUAGACUAUGCAGCUUUUCAUCAAACUGCAAAUAUACAUAUAAGACAGAUUGAUCUAAAAUUAGUUCUGAGUGUUUAAAUCCACCAUUGUAAGAGUAAAUAGCAAUCCACCUACCUUUACUGUGGAAAUUAUGAGCUAUUGAAUAACUUUUAGCUCUUUUUUUUUUUUUUUUCCAAUGGGUGAAAUUUAAGUGUCAUUUUUAUGAGAAAGGCACAUGAAGAGAUCUUAAAGGAAUCGUAGGUAGUCUUCUAGGAACCUGUGAUUGUUGUUCAGUGUGCUCCAGCGUUUUCUGGUCUCCAAAUUGGAUCUAGAGCUAUCAUUGGAUCACUCAGGCAUACUAAUGGAUUCAUUUAAAUGGGUCCAAGCUGCAGUCCAUGAGCAAUAACAGACUACCCUGGAUACUGCUAUUUACUCUAUGUUUAUUAAAUGAGAUUUGUGAAAAUAAAAUAAGUUAUUAGUUACCUGUGACUUUUUAAACAGUCUUCUUUUUGCUUAGUUGAUGUGGAAGAGAAGCAUGUGACACAGCCAGUAUGGUGGAGUACUAGGGUUAUCCUGUUUACAAUAAAUCACCUAAAUUUA